GAGAAAAUUAACAAGGAACCAAUAACGUUUUCAUCGAUGACGAAAGAACAAGAAACAUUACCAAACAAAAUUCCCUUGUCCUUAGCCUUCUUCUUUUUUAACCCCUUUACCAUUUCCUAAAGUCUUCUCCUUUACUUCUAUAUAUCUUCUUCCUAUACAUCGAAGUGAACCCUUGAUAAUCCAAUCAGGUCGUUGUUUGGCUUUUUUUUGCUCUAGGGUUUUGUAUUUAACCGAAAAAGACUCUAUCUUGAUUCUCUUUAAUUUGCACUCUUCAAGAUUUCAACCCACCCAUACCCAUGGAAGAAUCGGACCCACCAUUUGUAGAAUUCUACAAGAACUUAUUCGAUAAUCAGAAGACGAAUGAUAUCGGUGUUUUUGAUGACGUAGAAGAGUGCGAAGUACCUACGAUCGAUCUCAGCCAGUUGCAUCAAGGAGGGCGGGAAGCUGCAGACUGCAAGAGAGAGAUAGCUGAGGCCUCACAAAAAUGGGGAUUUUUCCAAGUCAUAAACCAUGGUGUUUCUUUAGAUGUUUUGGAAAAGAUGCGAUGUGAACAAAUGAAGGUGUUCAAGAAGACAUUUUAUGACAAGGCCAAUAACCACUGUAAUUUGAAUUUUCCGGCGGGUAGUUACCGGUGGGGAACUCCUUCCGCAACUUGUUUGAGGCAGCUUGCGUGGUCAGAAGCUUUUCAUAUACCAUUGACUGAUAUCUCCAACAUGGGUGGUCUCACUAGUCUCAGCACUACAAUGGAUCAGUUUGCCAUGAUGGUUUCCAACCUAGCUGAAAAUCUAGCAGAGAUUUUGGCGGAGCAGCUUGGCCAUAAGUCUAAUUUUUUCAAGGAGAAUUGUUGGCCUAGCACGUGCUACCUCCGUUUGAACAGAUAUCCACCUUGCCCCGUUCCUUCACAAGUGUUUGGAUUGAUGCCACACACCGAUAGUGAUUUUCUCACGAUAUUACAUCAAGAUCAAAUUGGAGGAUUACAACUAGUGAAAGACGGGAAAUGGAUUGCUGUUAAACCUAAAAAAGAAGCUCUAAUCAUCAACAUUGGAGACCUAUUUCAGGCAUGGAGCAAUGAUGUUUAUAAGAGCGUUGAGCAUCGAGUGGUCGCUAAUAAACACAGAGAGAGGUUUUCCGUUGCUUAUUUCUUCUGCCCAUCAUAUGAUACAGUGAUACAAAGCUGUGUUGAGAAUUCCAUUUAUAAAAAAUUCAGCUUUAGAGAAUUCAGACAGCAGGUUCAAGAUGAUGUCAAGCGACUUGGUUACAAAAUAGGGCUUCCCAGGUUUAUUUUAUGAACGAAAUAAGCCUAAAUCUUUUUCCCAAUAAUUCUAUAAGUAGCUUGGAAAAUAUCCCCUUAUUUUUUGGAAAUUCAUUCUUCUUGAGCAACAACUUUAAAAUCCAGAAUAAUACCAGUAGUUCCGGACACGUAACCUCCACCCUGAAAGCUGUACAUUGCUCUAGAUCCAUCAGUUUCUGCUCUAUUAAAGGGCUUGGUUUAUCUUUGAACUGUCAUAUUCGA